GGGAUCAGGUUGAGCCUGCCGCCUGGCCGUUAGAUAUUAGGGUCCAGCUAACUUCACCGGUAAACUAUGCCCGGAAAAUGUAAAUUCCAGGACUCCUGGCUCUCAAAGACAAUAUACAAGGACUGGCUGGUUAAGGACGUCCAAGACAUUCACUUCGCCCGAUGCAGGGCCUGUUGUAAAUCAAUCAAACUUCAGACCAUGGGCGAGGCUGCCCUCACCAGCCACGCAGGGGGAGCUGGCCACAAAACAGCCGUACGCAAGCUAAUGGAAGCAGGCAGUGUAAUGCUGAUAAAUGCUGCUGGGCAGAUAAAUGGCAGCGUCAAUCAGACGGAAGACAGCAAGGAGCAAGUGGCCAUCUGCCUCCAGCGUGACGCCUUGGACAGAAUAACAGGCAGCGACUGGUCCAAUCUGCACCAGAGGCCCACUACAAACUCCACCUACCAAAAUGCCGAGCCACAGGAUGUGACAUUUGCUGCUUACUUCACAGCACCAGGCCGGUACCGGCUCAACAACCAGCGUCUCCAGCUGACAGGCGGCGAGGCGGAGGACGCGACUCGCAGCCCGACUCAGCAUUACUCGGCAGACCUGUCGAGACAGGAGCAGCAGCAGAGGGUAGAAGCUCUGGAGCAGCAGCAGCAGAUGAAGAUCCUGGAGUGGGAGAACAGGAUGAAGGUGCUGGCGUGGGAGCAGGAGCUGGUGAAGGAGAAGAGGAGAGCAGCUCGGCAGAAGGAGAAGGCCUUCAGGAUGAAGAAGGCUUACUACAAAGCCAAGCUAAAGAGGAUGGGCGAGGACCUGCCGCCAUCUUCCUCCAGCAGCAGUGAUGAAGAGGAGAAAACGUCUGAUCCGACAGGAUGAACUGUUUUAACUAUUGUAAUUUUAUCAGUGCUGGUUUCAUUCUUGUAUUUCUUUUGUCUAUAUGCCAUGGAACUGUUACUAUUAUUUUUAUACAUUGGUUUGUAUUUCAAUGCAAAAAAAGAUUCAUAGUUGCUUUUAAUUAGAUAUUCUUGCAAGUACAUGGAUAAGCUAUGAUGCAGAUAAACAUCUUGUAGAAAAGCCUCUGAACCGUGCAAAAGGGUUGAGAUCAAAAUCCAAAUAAUCUGUUUGAAUACAAUGUGAAGACACAUUGUAUUCAAACGUACAUGAUGUGAGGUUGAAAAUGUAGAAUUAGAAAUUUCGUUCAUAAAUGGACAAUCUAAUAAUUUUACUUGCAUAGCUUCUUUUGCAUACUAACAUCAGUAUGUGUA